CAUCAACAAACAAGAUGGACGCUUUGGAUAAAUAUUUAAAAUGGUUUUGGAAUCCAAAUUUUUGGCUACCUGUGGGAUACACAUGGGAGGACAUGAUAGCUCAAACUUCCGGAGAUGAAUAUUAUCCAAGAGUAGAAGAUAUAUUUUUGCCUUCCAUUGGCCUUGGCGUUUGUUUAUUAGUGUUUAGAUACUUCUAUGCUAGAUUGGUUGUUAUUCCCACUGGUAGAUAUUUUGGAAUUAAAGCACCAAAGAAAUACCAGCUAAAAGAAAAUCCUGUACUUGAAACAGCCUUCAAAAAAUAUAAAUCUAAAGUAGAAAAUAAUCUUAUGGAACUCUCAAAAAGGACAAGUAUGUCAGAGAGACAGAUCCUGUAUUGGAUGAGAACAAGGGCUAAACUUGAUGCUCCCAGUGUCAUGAAGAAAUUUGAAGAUACAUGCUGGCAUUUUCUGUUUUACAUAAUUCUGUUUUGGUAUGGACUGUAUACCCUCUGGGAUAAGUCCUGGUUUGUCAAAACUGAAAAUUGCUGGGUAGGAUGGCCUAAACAGCAUGUAACAAAUGAUGUGUACUGGUACUAUGCAAUAGAACUGGGAUUUUACUGGAGUUUAUUGUUUACAUUAUCAACAGACCAUAAAAGAAAGGAUUUCACAGAAAUGGUCACUCAUCAUGUAGUAACAAUUCUCCUUGUCUUUUUUUCCUGGGUAACAAAUUUUGUUCGAGUAGGGACUCUAGUGCUGUGUGUACAUGAUGCUGUAGAUUAUUUCUUAGCAGGAGCUAAAAUAGCAACUUACACGAAAAAAGAGACACUAUCAACAAUUCUGUUUGGAAUAUUUUUGCUUGUGUGGAUUGCUACAAGACUCAUCAUCUUUCCUUUCUUCAUUAUUUAUUGUGCUUCAGUAGAAUCUAGGACAGUGCAAGGGUUGGCAGAAAGCCCCACACAUAUGUUUUUUAAUGGGUUACUGUACAUCCUUCAAGUUCUACACUUCAUUUGGAGCUACAUGAUAUUUAGAAUAGCUUACAGAAGAGUUGCUCACGGCCAGAUAGCAGAUGUGAGAAGUGAUUCAGAAGAUGGAAAAGAUGAACUAAGCGAAGGUGAAGAUUAUAAAGGCAUUCUUAAUAAUGUCAAUGACAAUAGUCCCAGGGUAAGGUCAAAGUUCAGAGGAGACAAAGGUCAUCAGUGACGUAAUUACUGUAGAAAAGAUCGAUGUUAGAAUGUUUCAAUAGGGAAUUCUUAUCUAACUUCCUAACUAACGUAAUAUAUAGAUUUUUAAGUCAAAGAUAAUCAGACAGCUCCAUGGUCCAAAGAAAAACACUGCACAUAAAACCAGAGAUUGACUGACACUAAUCCCACAAAAUCAAAUGAGUUCAAGUGCUUCAGAAGAGUAAGCAGUUCCUGCUUUACUUGUUGCAGUCAUUGUGUUUCUCAUGGCAAGUAAAAUUCUGGUGUUUGGUGUCUAGGUGUCCAUUACAAAUGCAUUUUAAUAAUAUAAAAAUAAUGAUAUUUAUUAAACACAAAACAGUAAGAACUUGACAAAAACAGAGAUUCAGUACAGUGAAAAUAUUUAGAAAUUAAAACUAAUGAAAGUAUACUUGCCCAGUUAGACUAGUUUGAACAGAAUUGCCUAAUACCACAGGAUAAACCUCAAAAUAGGUUAGGCUUAUUUGUAGUGGGGAUGCUAACAUAGUUAUGUAGCUUCUUAAGAAUUCUCUAAUGACAAGGUAUGUUAAAUUGAACACAGGCUAACAUAGAAUUUUUCUAAUUUUAGUUUUUUAUAUAUUCAUAGGGUUGCUUUUGAUGCUUAGACUGUUAUAAACAGGAAUAUAAAUGUAUGUAUAAUGUGGGAUAUUUUUACAAUUUUGUACCUCAAAAUAGUUUUUUACAUGUAUAGUUUAUUUAAAUUACUGAAAUAAUUAUAGAAUGUUAGAAUGAAGACCUUGACUUUUAAGUUUUCUUUUCUUUUCAUCUAUGAUGAAUUUGAACUUUUUAUGACCUCACACAAAAUGGGUAAGAGGAACCAUGAUCCCAUCAUCAUUCUCUAUUGUGUAAAUAUUAUUAUAUUCGUUACAGAUUAAGUUUUAGAAAGGCAACCAAAAUUUGACAAUGCUAUUGGUAUGUUUUUGUUUUCAGUUUUCUAAUACCAAUAUGCAUUUUCUCAGGAUUUGUCAACUGACCCCAUUGGUAUUUAGGUAUAACUUGCUUUCAAGUUUGAUAAAAUGAGAGUUGUUUUCUUUCCACUUUUUCUUUUUAUUGAGCAUUUGCCUCCAAGUUAGUUUUGCCUGGUACUUCCAUGUCCAGUGUAAGUAUUGAUACAUAUUAGUAUUACUCAGAUUUUGUAUAAAGGAAUACUAUGAUAUUUGGUCUAAAACUUUACAGUAAUGAGUUGUACCAUUAAGCCAUUUUCAGAUCUGUUUCUGAACAGUCACUUCAUAUUUGAUGAUGCUUUGAAUUUUAUUAUACCUACUGAGCUGAAUCUGUACUUAUUAGCUUUGAUUUUUAAUUUUUGUUAAGAUCACCAACAAGAUGUAAUACUCUAUACCAAUGCAGCAAUGUCACGUUGUUCAUGUCCAUCCACAUCAAUUUAUCUUUGAGUGCAUAUGACCUCAAUAACUACUCCAUUGUUUUGUAGGCAUUUUUAAAAAGAAUUUUUUAACUACUUCAUGCAAAAUCAUAUUAUGCCUUAAGAAACAUUGCUGAUAAAAAGAACAAUGACAUUUUAUUUUUAUAUACUGACUUCAUCAAUUAGAAUAUCAGCUAACCCUAGCUGGCUUACUCGACUAUUAUUACUGAUAAAUCAGUAUCAAUAACCAAAGUGCCAUUACUAUAUAUUUAUCAUUGCUUAAUGCUCCACUUUUGUUUGAAGGAAAGAUAUAUAUUCUCUCAUGGUUGUGGCCUGUUAUCUAUUUCUUGCAUGAAGAGAUAUUUCUCGUAUCACACUGCAAAGAGUGUGAUACGAAAAAGUGAUACAAAAACUGCAUUAAUUUGAUUGGCUUAUCCAGCAUCAUGAGACGAUAUUACGACAAUUCCAUUGGCUAUUCGUUAGGUCUUUAAUAACUUUCAAAGGUUAAGAUGAAGUAAGUUUCAUCCAUGGCAACAGAUUUAUUUGAUUUCUUCAAUAAUAUACAAAACACUCACUUUUCACUUGGAAAUCUUCUUUUUGACAAAUUUUAUUACAUUCUGUAGUGAACAAAAAGUUUUAAAAUGUCUGAUGUUAAAGUUUGACGCCGGAACAUAACAUUUGACGUCAUACUGAUAUGUGCAAAAGAUUAGAUUAACAAUUUGCGGAAUUUUUUAUUUAACACAAUGAGAGUGUUGACCAAAAGAGAAAUAGAUUUAACAACUCGUGAGAAUUGGAUAUCACUUGAUAUCAACUCUCGUUAUUUAAAUUAAACAGUAAUAGUUAACUCUCCAAAGGCUCGUUUAUUAUUAUAUUGAAAUUAUACAACUCGAGUUGAUAUCAAGCAAUAUCCAAUUUUCACUCUUUAUGAAACCUAAAAAUAUUUACUGCAAGCCAUUUACUUCAUGUUUGACAAUGCAGAUUAUAUUAAUACAUAUUACUCAGCUUGUGUAUUAAUUAAUGAUUUUAUAUUUGGUCUUGAAUUUUAAAUGUUGAGUUGUACCAUGUUAGAGAUGUUCAGCUCUGUGGUGGUAUGUCCAGUUUGACAACAAUACUUUAAAAAAAUUUAUAUUACCUACUGAGUAUAAAUUUUUGUCUUUGAUGUCAAAUAAUGAUUAGAGGUAGUUUUUGCAUGACAUAUAAAUGACUUUUUGUUGAAACUUUUGUCAGAUAUUUUCUAGUAGAAUAUGUCAAUGUGAUAGAAGAAAAUUUCUGAAUAAACUGUAGGCAAUGGUAUCUUGGGUUUUUAUGCAUUUUGAAUUUGUUAUCUGAAAGGUACAAAUCAGUGUGUAUUUACAUGAUUGCAAUGAAGAUUUUUUUUUCUUUUUAGCACACCUGGCCAUUUGAGCCAUGUUGCCAUUACUUGGUGACAAUGGUGUCUGUCAUCACCAACUUUAAAAAUAAAUUUAUUUUGAAACCACUGAAUUAAUUUCAACAAACUUAAAAUAAAUGAUACUUAAGCAACCUUUCAUAAAGUUUGUGUUUAUUCUUCCUGCCAAUGAACCAGCAUGGCUGCCAUGGCUGAAAAUAAAACAUAGGUGAUAUUCAGGAAAUCUAAUAUGAAAAUAAAACAGAUGGAGAAAAUCUAAAAGUGUCAAUAAGAUUCCCUACUUUUACUCCAAAAUUAUCAGAAAAACGUACUAAUAGGAUUUAUUGUCCUUAAAUGAAAUUUUUUUAACAAUUUUUGCAUUUUAAGUGGGUUUUUCAAAGGAAAUAUCUGGUUAAUAAAAUAGUGAAGUAUGGUGAUGGCUGCCAACAGUUUCCAUGCAAUAACUUAUGAACCCAUCAACCAAUGCGUUUCAAAUUUCAAUAUGUUGUUACUGUUUUCCAAAUUGAGGUCAAGUUUGAUAUUGAUGAUUUUUCACUUUCACCGUUGAGGAGUUAUUUUCCUUGAUGUAUUGGAGUUUAGUCAUGGUCUUUGAUAGAUUUGAAAAUAACACUUUUUGUCUAUUCUGUGCAAUAACUUAUGAACCAUUCAACCAAGGCUUUUCAAAUUUUGAUAUGUUGUUACUGAUGACAAAAUGGUGGUCAGGUAUUUUUUGACGACUUUUACUGUUUAGGAGUUAUGAUCCUUGAUAGAUUGGAAAAUAGGCAGAGAAAUUGGGAGGUCAAACAAGCCUAAAAGCACUUUACAUUAGAAAAUAUCAAUUUCAUUUGUACUAGCUGCCCUCUUAAGUUCAAAAUAGUUUCCUUCAAAAUACAGGAAAACCUGGCUUGCUGUCCAUUUGACAGCUAAUUUCUUGUUUCUAAUUAUCUUGAAAUGAAGAAACUGUUUUCAGUGAAAAUGAUCACAGAUGAGAUCUACAAAUUAGUCAAUGUAUCUAAAAUUGUCAAUAAACUUAUCACUUAAUUUAGGAUUUUUGCAAAUUUUUAGCAUUUCUUGCAAUUAUCUUGAAAACCAUAGUAGAGAGAGAGAAACUGUAACAGUAACAAAAUCAGCAAAUCAAAAUCUAAAAAUAAAUCAAAAUGAUAAAAAUUGUUGAAUGACAAAUUAAAGGACUUAUUGUCAUUAAAUAAGUGUUAAAAGAGAUGUUUUCUUAAAAUGACAAGUUUUUGCUAGUUUUGUUUUGUUUUUGUAUCUAAGUUUUUUAUAUUUAUUUGAAAACAAUAAUAGAGAGAAAAUAUGGCAAAAUUGUUCAAAGUAUCACAAUUUGCCUACUUCCCAUAUUCCUUAAAAUCAUCAGAUGACUUCAUAAAGGAGUUAUUGCCAUUAAGUUAAAAAAAUAAUUUUUGUGUUUGAGGCAAAUAUAUUGAUAACUAUAAUAGACAGAGAAAAAAUGUAGAACAUUAAAAUUGAUUCACAAAAAAAGAUCCACAAAUAAGUGGGUAUGAUAGAAAUUUUCAAAUGAUUACUUUAAGGAGCUACUGCCCUUGAAUUAAAAGUUUGUCCAAUAUUAUGUAUUUUUGGCUAUUGUCUUAAAAACAAUAAUAAAAAGAUGGAAACUGUUUAAAGCCAAAAUACUCACCAAGAUAAUCAUACCAAAAAAUCCAUGUAUCCAAAAUUGUCAGUUAUCUUUAAAACCAUAAAUACUAGAUAAAGAAAUAUUGUGGAUUGUAAUUAAGUUGGAAUAAAUACCAAAAUAUCAGGUGAACAAUCAGACUCUUAGGAGUCUCUUGUUUCAUUUUUAAAUGGAUUUUUAAACAAAAAGAAAUUAAAAUGUCCUUGUCUUAUUGAAAUGAAAGCAUGAAGCAUACAUGGAAGAUAUAUUUUAUUUAUAUUCUACACUUUAUUUUAUAUAUAAUAUUUUUUUUAUACAAUGGUAGAUAGUAAUUGUACAAUUCAGAAGUAAUGUUAUGUAUUAUUUUAUGUUAUUGAUUAUCAUGAUGUUUAUAUGAAAUCCAUCGUAACUAUGUAUUUAAUCAUAAGAAGGUUUAUCUAUGAUGUUUUAUGAGCUAAAAUGUGAGUUUUGAACAAAUUCAAUGAAGUUUUGUGAGCUUGUAGGUGAGUUUUGUACAAGUUCAAUGAAGUUUUGUGAGCUUAUAGGUGAGUUUUGAAAAAAUCAAUGAAGUUUUGUGAGCUUAUAGGUGAGUUUUGAACAAUUUCAUUUACUGAAAAAAUAUGAUAAUUGUACAUGUCUUUAGUACACCAGUCUCAUUAGAUAAUAUGCCUCCUUAGUAUGGUCUGUGCAUGCUUAUGCAUUAAAAAGUUCAUUUUGUAUGUCAAAAAAAUGUAUCAAAAGAAUCUCAUCAUUAUAAAAAAAAACUGAAAUCUUGCUACAAGACUUUAAUAUUAACUGACAACAGAGGACAUACUUGUACAUAAGGAUUUUCAAAGGUAGUAUGGGGGUAUAAACAAAAAUAAAUAGAUUGUUUUCAUACUUUCCAUGAUGUAGUUUAGAUCCUGGAAUUCUAAACAAAAAAUCCAGAUAAUAAAAUGGUGAAGUGGGGUGGGUGGGUGGGCGUCUGCCAAAAGUUUCCAUGCAAUAACCUUUAACCAGUUCAACCAAUGCUUUUAAAAUUUUCAUAUGUUAUUACUGAUGACAAAGUGAAGGUCAAGUUUGAUAUUGACUAUUUUUUAUGUCCCCGCCGUAGCGGAGGGGGCAUUAAGUUUUUUUACUAUUGCUGUUUAGGAGUUACGGUCCUUGAUAGAUUGAAAAAUUGCACUUUAGGUCUUGAAAGGCAAAAUAUAGAAUUUGACAAGUCAAACAAGCCUGAAAUCUCAUACUUCAAGAAUAUAUCAAUUUCAUUGGUACAUGUACUAGUUGCCCUCAACAAUGGUUACCUUCAAAAUACAGAAAACUCUGUUUGCUGCCAAUUUGAAAGCUCAAUUUCUUUUAAAAAAUAUGAUGUCAUGGAGCUUGUUUUCAGGUUACAAGCUUUGAAAAUAGACACUUUUAGUAAGGCCUAUAUAGGCUAAAAGCAUUAUUAAAUAAAUCAAUAAAAAGAAAAACGAUUAACAGAAUUUUGAAAUAAAAUAGAAGAAGAUAGCUCUUAUAAAAUGAUUUUAGAAAAUUAAAAGCAAAAAUGUUGCCAUUUCAUUUUUUUUUCUUUCUAUAAUAGAAAACAGAAAAAAAAUUAUUGUACAUUCCUUUUUAAAAUUAGAUCACAGGAAUGUUCUCUCAAAUUUUGAAAAGAAUUAAGAAUCAAUUGAAAAAAAUGAAAAAGAAUUAAAAAAAUUGUUUCUAAAACAAUCAAAAUAAUAAGAUAAAAUCACAUAAUUUUCUUCCUUUAAAUGAAAUGUUACAAAUGAAUUGCAUUCAAAGCCUCAAAUUUGCUUGAAUUAUUGAAAAUUUAGAUGGACUGUUAUUCUAAUAAUUGAGUAUAUAAGUUUGAAGAAGACCCCCUCACAAACUGACUCAGAGCAUUAAGUUGUUAUGUUGGAUGCUAAACGCCUCAAACUAAUUAACACAUGAGCAUAAAAUAACAAGAUCACAUAACUGAGGUGAACUUCAAAUUAUGUUGUGUUUUUAUUACUCAGGAACAUUAUUUUUUUCAAAGAAAAAAUGUAACUUUACAUAAAGAUUUAAUUUUAAAUGAUAUUUAUCUUGAUAUUGCUAGACAAAAAUCUUAAAAAGGUUUUUAGAAGUUUUUCAAAUGAUUGCUAAUAGAUAAAGUUAAAUACGAAUAUAUUGUGUUUUAGAAUUUUUAUUAUAAUCAUCUUCUUUACCAGUUUUAGGUUAUUUAAAAAAUUUUAAUUACCUCGGCAUAAAAUGUACACAUUUAUUUUGUAAAUAGCAGAUUGUUUUAUUUACAUGAAGGAAAUAAUUUUAUAUAUGUUGUAGUAUAAUUUGUCCUUUCUGUUUUGUUAAUUUAAAUAUUUUUUUACACAUUGUUAUCUUAUUUAUUAUUACCUUUGCUCUAUUUAGUCUUUUAGAAGUUAUUGUUACAUUCACUUUACAUCGUUAGAAAAAAAUUAUUUUUGUGUUAACAACAUUACAGAGUAGAAGCAAAAGAUCACUAUUUUUUGUCCAACUCUAUUAAAAUUAAGAUCAGUAGAAACAAAUAAGACUACCAUUAGCUUCAGUAUGCCAAGGUAAAAUUGGCCUUAUUGAUAUCACAUAGCAAAAGAAAAUAGGUGUCUCUUCAUAUUCAUAUGGUAAUGCAAAUCUUAUCUGCAACUUCUUUUUUUUCACCAAUUAAGCAAACCUAAAUAUUAAUAGAAAGAGAACUUUAUCACAAAAUUUGAACCACUCUUAAAUAGGUGAUGUUUCCAAUGGUUUAAUCUUGUAUUUAUAUAAGGGUAUGAAUGUUGAAGAGUAUUUUCAUUGUCUACCUUUCCAUUAUAUGUUAUGUCACAUUGACAUUACGGUUAGUUAUAUACCUACUGUAUUCGCCUGGAGAUGGUCAACAGACAUGAAAGUACUAUAUUAUCAAUAAUCUGGUUGUGUUGGAUUUAUUUUAAGUGGGAUUUAUAUAUAUAUAUAUAUAGAAGAAUCACAUAUUAGGAAGAAAAAUGUAUCAAUAUAUAAGCAUUUGGUAACCAGUAAAUCAUAUUAAAAUUUCUGGCUGUGCGUGACCAUUUAAAAUAACAGCCUCAUAGAAAAACAAGCUUUUUUGCCUUAAAUUGUUUUACAUAUUGAUUUUGAUAGGAAUGUUCAGUUUUAUUAUAGCUUUUUAAGUAUCUGUUAUAUGACUACCAUUCAUACUUAAAUAGAAGAGCCAUGAAUAUAUCAUUUGAAUGAUACCCUGACUUAUAUAAUGACCAGAUUUACAGGUUUAAAUGCAGGGCUAAGAGAUUUCUUCUUAAGUCAUAGAGAAUCAGAAUCAUCGAAUUUUGUAACAAAGAUAACAAAAAUAUUAUAUCUUCUAACUGUCAAAUUGUACAGACAAUACACUGUUAUGGAAGUCCUUUACACUUAUAUCUACAUCACUGUUAAAAGUAAGGAUAUACAAGUAAAGAAGUAUUCGUUUGUCAUCAGAAAUAGCAUUUCUUUAUAAAAACAAGAAUAGAGAAAUUUGAGCCAAAAAAUGUUAAAGAAUAGAGAGGAAGAGUGUGCUAAAAUAUAGAGAUUACAAAUUAAUGGGCCAAAUAAAGAAUAGAGAAAAAAUGCCUACUUAAUUAAAGAACACAGCAAUGAAGACAUACAAACAUUCAUGUAUAUUUUAAAGAUUUUGCAUUGCAUGAAUUACAAAAUAUUGACUGCUAAAAUAUUGACAAAAUAUUCAAAUCUAGAUGAAAGAUUUUCAAACAAAAAGAAAUGGAUGUGAAACAAUAAGAGUCACUUGAUUGAUACAUAAUUAUUAUUUACUUAAUUUAAUGUCAUUUUAAAUUAUAUCAAAAUUUCUAUUUCAAACAGUUAUAUUCUUUGCAUCGACAAUUGACUUCCAUGUCAGUCUGAAUGAGUAUAUUAGAUCUGUAGAGCUAAUACAGGGAAGGAAACUCUUGAAAUGUAUAUACCUAGGUAUAAUGAUUUGAAUUUGCAGUAAGAAAUGUAAAAGCCUGCAUUAAGAACUUUAGUUUUUAAAUCUGCGAAUAUAAGAUAAGACAAAGUGAUUGUAGUCUGAACUUUUACAUGUAAUGCACCAGUUAUAUUGUCACUAAUAAAAUAUUUAUAUACUUCACAA